AUGAAAAACAAGAAAAUGAGAAAGAAAGGAAAUACCAACCACAUGAUGAAAAGCAACAUAUCUAACAAAGGGAAGAAAAUAAGGAAAGGAAAAAAUGAAAAAAUUGGAAUUUUAAAAAAAAAAAUGCAAUCAAAUGAAGGAAGAUUAAAAAGAACAGGAAAAAAUGAUGCCAUAAAAAAGAAAGAAAAAACAAAUCGAAGCACAAAUAAUAAUCGAUAUAGUUGGUUAUUCAAUAAAGAAAAAAUGAAGGAGGAAAAAAAAAUCAACAAGGACACAUACACAACCGUAGGAAGAAUUGGGAAUUCAUCAAUCGAGUAUAGAAAAAAAAAGAAAACAUCCCAUAGUGAUGAAAACGAGAGUGAAGAAGAAGAAGGGACCACUGAUUAUAAGAGAAAAAGAAAAAAAUUUGUCUUGUAUAAAAAAAAGAAAGGAAAAAAGAAAAAUAUUAAACAAAAAGGAAUGCUAAUUUGUUUUCAUAAUCUAGGACUGAGUGAAAAAAUGUGCAGAAGCAUAUCAAGCAAUUUGAAAUAUAAUAGACCAACUGAUAUACAAAAAUUAUGCAUCCCGAAAAUUUUAAACAGAAAAGAUAUAAUAUGUAUAAGUAAAACAGGUACAGGAAAAUCACUCGUAUAUGUAAGUACAUUAAUAGAUAUCCUAUCAGAACACAGUAAAUAUUUUGGAAUCAGGGGACUAGUACUAGUACCAACGAAAGAACUAGCCAUUCAAAUAUACAAGUUGGCAAAAAAAAUAUGUAAAAACUUUUUUAAUUUAAAAAUAAAUGUAAUAAUUGGUGGAAUAAGCCUUACAAAACAAUUUGACAUGUUAAAAGAAAAUUUAGAUAUCUUAAUUUGUACUCCAGGGAGAUUAAGCUUCAUUCUAGUAGAGACAAAAUUAAGUCUUGAAAAAGUUGAAAUUUUAAUUAUUGAUGAGGCUGAUAGACUAUUGGAACUUAACUAUUUUAACGACAUGAAUAUUAUUUAUAAAUAUUUACACCGAAGUUGUAAGCAAACAUUAUUAAUUAGUGCAACUUUACCAACGGAUAUUCAGAAUUACUUCAAACUAAAACUAAAAAAUCCUGAUAUUCUUUCUCUCAGUUCUGAUAAUUCCAUAAGUGAUAAAUUAAAUUUACAUUUUUUAUUUACAAGGUCAUAUGAAAAAUAUGGACUUUUAAUUAAGCUUAUUUUGCUUUUUCAAAAAAAAAAUUUAGGAAAAACUCUUAUUUUCUUCUGUACCAAAUAUCACAUUUUAUUCUUCUCAAAAAUAUUAACGCACCUAAAAAUACAGCAUACAAUCUUAUACGGAAAUUCAGACACAUCAUUCCGCUUGGAACAGAUUAAAAAAUUUACACAAAAUGAGAAUAUCCAAUUUUUAUUAGUAACAGAUGUUGCAGCUAGAGGUAUAAAUAUCACGUCUGUUCAAAAUGUCAUUAACUACAGUUUACCAUUUUCGCCUAAACUUUUCAUUCAUCGUAUUGGUCGUGCUUGCAGAGAUGACAACACUCCACAUGGUUUUGCCAUAUCCCUUGUUACAUAUCAGGACAUUAUUUAUGCAUACGAGAUAUGUUUUUUUAUUGGAAAGAAACUCAAAUUUUUUAGGGAUCCGGAUCUGGUGAGUGCCUUGAUGAACUCCCAAUCUGGGGGGGUCCCCGUACACGCCGAUCCAGAGGGACAAAGGGUAGAUGCAGAAAAAAAAAAGGACGUGACAGAUGCAGAAAAGAAAAAGGACGUGACAGAUGCAGAAAAAAAAAAGGACGUGACAGAUGCAGAAAAAAAAAAGGACGUGACAGAUGUAGGAAAGCAUCCCCGGAACGUUGUCUACAUUGGCAGCGUGAACAACAUCAGUGAUUGCGUAGAACUUGUGGACAAGCUAAAGAAUGCAGAUGAUGAACUUAUCUCGUUAAAUAAAAGUAUCUUAGCUUCAUACAAACUAUAUUAUGCGAUGAGACCAAAGGUUUCUAAAUAUGCAAGUACAAAAUGCGUGAAAAAAAUUAAUAAAAUCGGAGGAAUUUACAAAUUAUGUCUAUUCUGUCACCCCCACGAAAUUUAUCAGGAAGAAAGAUCAUCUCUCAUGGAGGAGGAGGAGGAGAAGGAGGAGAGGGGCCUUCAUAUCCAAUCAAAAGUAGAACAAUCGAAUGAGAAAAAAUUAAAACAGGUAGAUGAACUCUUUGAUACACUCACUUUCACGUUGAAGAGAAACGUUGGAGAGGAAGACCCAAAAGGAAAAAAACCCACAACAGAGGCUUUAAUUGAGAGUGAAGUAAUUGACAUGGAUGAUAAGUUUCACAAUGUAGAAGAAGGGAAUGUGUCGAAAUUAACAAUCUCACAAAUGGAAGAAAGAAAUGAAAGUGAACAUAUCGAAAAAGUAAAGAUAAAGAAUUACACACAGAACGAAGUAAUGACAUUUAUACAUAAUUUUCAAAAUAAUGAAAAAGGUAAGACAAAAAGUAUAUCAGAAGAAAUUAAAGAAAAAUUGAACAGAUUAAAGGUAAAGAUGCAUAGGAACAAAAUUAGCAAAAAUGGAAACACGUCAAAAGAUAUAAAUGAACUUAUGGAUGCUCUUGCAAUGGGCAUAACUGACCAUGAGGAUGAUAACGAAUUUUUGAAAAACAAAAAUCAGAAAAAUACAAACGAUGGUGAAGAUGAUGAAAAUAAUCAGAAUAAUGAAAAAAUUAAUAAGAAACAAAAGAAAAUGAGUAAAAGAGCUCUAAAAAAGAAGAAACGUGAAGAAAAGGAAAAUGGAAAUAUGAAGGAAUCUAUUAAAAAAAAUUCCUUGUAUGACACGUCAGGAGAGAGAUGGGCUAAGGAAGAUACUCCCUUGGAUGAUAUCUUAAAAAAAAUUAACGAAAGAAAAAAGAAAAGAGAGACAUGUUCAGUUUUUGCUAUUAAAACACCAGGAUUUGAUUUGCCACCAGAUGAAGAAGAAGAAUUGAAUAAACAUAGAUUUAUUAAAAAAAAAGUUUGGGACAUGAGAAAAAAGAAAUUCAUUUUAAAAGAGAUAGAUACCUUGCAAGAAGAUGGAUUCAAAAAGAAGAACUCACGCAAUGGUGAAAUAUCUGGAAGAAGCACUCGAGAAGUAGGAGCACAAGAAGAAGGAAGAAAAGGAUUAGGAGGACGAUGGAAUCAGCCCAUCAGUAGCAUCUACCACAAAUGGGUAAAGCGAACCAAAAAUAGAAUUAAAAAUGUAGGCGAAUUGGAAGACGAAAAUGAUCAAACUGAUUUUAGAAAAAAGAAACAAUCGAGUCGUUUUAUUUCGGAAAAAACAAGGAAGAGAGAUAUGGAUGAUGAAAAACAAACACAUCUCCAAAUGUUGCAACAGAAUCAUCCAGAAAUUACAGAUUCUUUGUCCAAAAAUACUAAGCUAACUAAGAAACAACAGAGAUUGUACAAAAAAUAUCUAACCGGCAGAUAUAUAGAAUCUGAUCCUAAUUCUAAUCUGCACAAAAAUCAUCCACAAGUGCAAAAGGAGAAAGCCAAAAUGUUGCAGAAAAAACUCAGAACGGAUAAAAACUUUAGGAUGAGAUAUGUGCGAAUUAAGAAAAAGCAACAUGUGCAAAAAUUACGAGAAAAGGAAAAUCUCAAGAGUGCUCGGGCUAGAUCCCUAGUAAUUGUUAAGAAGAAAAAAAUAAGUAAAUGA